AUGGGCAACUACUAUUUUACCAGCUGCGACGAUGGGAGCAAGACCAAGGUGGAGUACACCUUUGGCUACAAGAAGAAUGCGGAUGGCAAUGUGCGCAUCUUCCUUCACCAUUCCUCGGUUCCUUUCGCCUGUGCUCAGGCAACUUCUUCCAACACAAUAAGUGAGAAAGAUGUGCAAAAGGCUCAGGCGGCUUGGGCCAGCGCAAUCAAGAAAAUCUCCAAGACCUAUCUUGAUGGAGGUGAUUAUGUGGCAGCCGCUACCAAGGCAGCUGGUGAACUCUAUGGCUACGGCCACUCGAAAGUGCUGUUCAAGCCUACCAAGGCAGUGGAAGCCCAGUUCCGACCAACAGCCGCCGAUGCUAUGUCGUAUUUUGUUGGGCAGAAAGCCGUGAAGGACG